AUGAAGUAUUUCUCGCAGAGAUAUUCCAUCUUCUCUUGGUACGACCAAGGCAUUUGUAUGACGGAUGAUGCCUGGUUUGGAGUCACGCCCGAACCUGUCGCAAACCAGGUUGCAAAGGAUAUGUACGAUUCAGAUGCCAAAAAGACGGUUCUGAUCGACAUGUUUGCCGGCGCGGGGGGGAACACCAUUGCGUUUGCCCUGUCUGGCCGAUGGAGCCAGAUUAUCGCUGUUGAGAAGGACGCAUCUACCCUGGCCUGCGCCCAGAACAAUGCAGAUGUAUAUGGCGUCGAGCGACCCUGCAUCACGUGGGUACACGGAGACAGUUUGGAGUUUCUGGAUCUUCUGGUGAACCGGCCAGAGGAGCUUCAUCCCGAUCUCAGAGUUGACUUGGCAACCACCGUUGUCUUUGCCAGUCCGCCUUGGGGAGGCGUGGGAUACAGCAGCGACCAAGUUUUCGACCUGUAUACUAUGCAGCCGUAUGAUCUCCGUCAACUCCACAACGCUUGCUAUCCGAUGGAUCACGCGCUCUAUCUUCCCAGGUCAAGCGACAUUCGGCAGAUAGCAAAGCUUGCUCCUGAAGGAGAAAAGAUAGAGGUCGUCCAGUACUGUAUGGAGGGGGCGAGCAAAGCCAUGGUGGCCUACAUUCCAGCAAAGAAUAUCUCGGAGAAAAACUAG